UCCUCAUCUUGAAUAGCAAUGGCUAACCCUUUCUCUGGUGUGUUAAGUUUGCUUCAGCUCCUUCUCUUCACUUUCAUUCUUCCUUGUGUUAGUUCUAUUUCCUUUAAUAUAACUCGUUUCGACUCGGAUGCAACCGACGUACUCUACCAGGGUUCCGCAAGGCCUAAUGUUGGAGCUGUUGAAUUCACUAGUCUCACUUAUAUGUGUCAAGUUGGUAGAGUUAUCUAUGCCGAAAGCGUACCGAUUUGGGAUUCUGAGACUAGACAAGUUACAGACUUCACCACUCAUUUCUCCUUCAUCAUCGACACCCAAGGUCAAGCUAGAUUAAACUAUGCAGCAGGCCUUGCUUUCUUUCUUGCUCCUAUUGGCUCCGAAAUUCCACCAAAUUCGGCAGGUGGAUUUCUAGGCCUGUUUAACACUACGACCAGUGAUUCUUCUAGGAACCAGGAAGUCCAUGUUGAGUUUGAUACUUUUCCCAACCCUGAAUGGGAUCCUUCAGUCGAGCACGUUGGGAUCAACAUCAACUCGAUUUCUUCGGUUACGUACGCUCCCUGGAACUUUAGUUUGUACAGUGAAGUCACUGCUGACGCAUGGAUUUCUUAUAAUGCUAGUACUAGGAACUUGAGCGUCACUUGGAGUUAUCAGAACUCUACUUCUCAAGGGAAUUCUAGUCUUUCUCACCAAAUUGACCUGUCUGAAAUUCUGCCAGAAACUGCCAUAGUAGGGGUUUCAGCUGCUACAAGUUACUUUAUAGAGCGACAUCAGCUUGUGUCAUGGGAGUUUAAUUCUAGUUUGGAAAGAAAGGCAACUAAGGCAAAAAACAGGAACAGGAUCAGAAUAACUGUUGGUCUAGCAGUUCCAUUCGGUGUUCUAAUAAUCGGGGGAUGCAUAGGAUUUCAGAUUUUAUUUUGGUUGAGGAGGAAGAGAUCAUAUCGAAAUAUUGAACGGACUUCUGGCAUUAACGAUGACCUUGAAAAAGGGACUGGGCCAAGAAAGUUUUCUUAUAGAGAUCUUGCCUCAGCUACCAAUAACUUCUCAGAACAUAGGAAGUUGGGUGAAGGAGGAUUCGGUGCAGUUUAUAGGGGGUACCUGAAUGAUUUGGGCAUGGCAGUUGCGGUUAAAAGGAUUUCAAGUGGGUCCAGACAGGGUAGAAAGGAGUAUGUGACUGAAGUGAAGGUCAUUAGCCAGUUGAGGCACAGGAAUCUGGUGCAACUAAUUGGUUGGUGCCACGAUCGAAAUGAGUUCAUGCUUGUCUAUGAAUUCAUGCCAAAUGGUAGCCUUGAUUCCCACCUCUUUGGUAACAAAGCUCCUCUGACUUGGCCAGUAAGGCACCGAAUAUCACUUGGAUUGGCAUCUGCAAUUCUAUACCUUCAUGAAGAGUGGGAGCAGUGUGUAGUGCAUCGAGACAUUAAAUCAAGCAAUGUAAUGCUUGAUUCCAGUUUCAAUGUCAAGCUCGGUGACUUCGGGUUGGCUAAACUCAUGGACCAUGAGCUAGGUCCCAAAACAACAGGGUUGGCUGGAACCUUAGGCUACCUGGCUCCAGAGUACAUAAGUACAGGUAGGGCUAGUAAGGAGUCAGAUGUUUAUAGCUUUGGGGUCGUGCUCUUAGAAAUUGCAACCGGAAGGAAAUCGGUUGAUCCUGGAGGAAAAUCUGAUAUGGGAUUGGUUGAAUGGAUAUGGGGUCUUUAUGGGAAAGGGGAGCUACUUUUGGCUGUUGACAGGAAAUUGGACAAGGAUUUUGAUGAAAAGCAAAUGGAAUGUUUGAUGAUUGUUGGACUGUGGUGUGCUCACCCAGAUUGUAAUUCGAGGCCAUCAAUCAGGCAAGCAAUUCAUGUUCUUCAUUCGGAGUUACCGAUGCCUAAUCUGCCUGUGAAGAUGCCUGUUCCUAUGUAUCAUGUAUCUUUACCAUCAGUCUUCCCUGGCUCUGAGGAACCUUCAGUAACUUAUUCAAAUUCAAGCUUGAAUGUGGGUCGUUAAACAUGCUUCACCUUAUGCUCUAUGUAGUUCUAGUUUCUUUUUCUUUUCAAUUUCCCUGUUGAAAAUUUGACAUUUUAUGUUGAUG